UUGUAAGUUGUAACUCCAAUUUCUUUGAUCAAAUUAAAUGGCGUCUCGGUUCAAUCUCAUAGUUGUGUUGUCACUUUGUCUUAGUUUGUGCCUCUUCCCAACUCCAACGGCUAGUCUACAGCAAAAUUACUAUGCCAACAUCUGUCCAAAUGUGGAAAACAUUGUUAGAGACGCUGUCAAAAAGAAAUUCAAUCAAACGUUUGUUACAGUUCCUGCAACCAUUCGUCUCUUCUUUCAUGAUUGCUUUGUCCAGGGUUGUGAUGCUUCGGUGAUAAUAGCAUCCACUGCAAGUAACACGGCGGAGAAAGAUAACCCUGACAAUCUCUCAUUAGCCGGAGAUGGAUUCGACACCGUCAUCAAAGCCAAGGCCGCUGUUGAUACUGUCCCAAGCUGCACUAAUAAGGUUUCGUGUGCUGAUAUUCUAGCAAUGGCGACCCGAGAUGUCAUUGCACUGUCUGGUGGGCCUUCAUUCGCGGUUGAAUUGGGAAGAUUGGAUGGGCUAGUUUCAACAGCUGCAAGUGUAAACGGAAAGCUGCCACAACCAACCUUCAAUUUGAACCAGCUCAAUGCUUUGUUUGCUGCUAAUGGGCUCUCUCAAGCGGACAUGAUCGCUCUCUCAGCGGCUCACACGGUUGGAUUCUCUCAUUGUAGCAAGUUUGCUAACCGGAUCUACAAUUUCAGCACUCAGAAUCCGGUAGACCCGACACUAAACAAGACAUACGCGACCCAACUUCAAGGAAUUUGCCCGCAAAAUGUGGACCCCAGGAUCGCCAUUAAUAUGGAUCCAAACACGCCUCAGAUCUUUGAUAAUAUGUACUUCAAGAAUCUAAAGCAACACAUGGGCCUUUUCACCUCCGAUGAAGUCCUCUUUACAGACCCUAGGUCCAAGCCCACAGUUGAUGCAUGGGCCUCAAGUUCGACAAACUUCCAAAAAGCCUUUGUCACUGCAAUAACCAAGAUGGGUCGGGUCGGAGUCAAAACGGGUAGCAAUGGGAAUAUUCGUCGUGAUUGUGCUGUUUUCAAUUGAAUUUUUUUUUUUUUUUUGGCUAAACCA